AUGGCCCAUAUCUUCGAGCUGGCAGAGUCACUCUCAUCCACACCCAAUUACGUGAAUGGAGUCAAAACCAGCAAGCAAAACAAAUUCCCCUCAACAGAAACCUUCACCGGAUUCAAUUCUCCCUCGCGCCUAGAAGCUGAUGUCGAAAACCUCGAAGUCACCGGAGUAAUUCCUAGCGACAUCGACGGGACCUUCUUUCGUGUGCAGCCAGAUCACCGCUUCCCACCUGUGUACGACUCGGACAUUCACUUCAAUGGUGAUGGGAACGUGACGGCAAUCCGUAUACACAAUGGCGGAGCGAGCUUCAAGCAACGAUAUGUCCACACAGAUCGAUAUGAGCAUGAAUCGAAGCAUGGCAAGGCUUUGUUCGGAAAAUACCGUAAUCCGUAUACGGAUAAUGAAGCGGUGCGCGGUGUGAUCCGCACAGCGGCUAAUACGAAUAUAUUUUUCUGGAGGGGGAUGUUGCUGGCGACUAAGGAGGAUGGUCCGCCUUAUGCGAUGGAUCCGGAGACGCUCGAGACGAUUGGGCGAUAUGAUUUCGAGGGGCAGGUUUUGAGUCCGACUUUUACUGCGCACCCGAAGUGGGAUCCUAGUACUGGUGAGAUGGUUUGUUAUGGAUAUGAGGCGGGCGGAAAUGGAAAUGAUGGAUCCCGCGAUAUUGUCGUGUAUACAAUCAAUGCUGAUGGAAUCAAGACGGAGGAAUGCUGGUAUGAGGCUCCAUUUUGUGGCAUUAUCCAUGACUGUGGAGUCACAAAAGGCGAGAAUCACUGGGCAUGGGAUGCGAAUGAGGAUCAAUGGUAUGGUCUCGUACCCCGACGAGGAGGGAAGCCGGAGGAUAUUCGUUGGUACAGAUCGAAGAAUGCUUUCCAGGGUCACACUGUCAGUUGUUACGAGACAGGCGACGGAAAGGUAGUCUUCGACCUGACCAUCGCCGACGGAAAUGUGUUCUUCUUUUUUCCCCCGGCAGACACACCUUCCGGAACAGUCAACCAGCGCAACAAACUCCAGAACAAGACGACUCGCUGGGUCUUCAAUCCACAGCUCCCGUCUCACUCGUGGGUUGAGCCAGAGCAGGAAGUUGAGACGCUUUCUGGGGAGUUCUCUCGCAUUGAUGAACGCUUCCUGACAAUGAAAUACAACCAUUACUGGCAAGCGAACAUCGACGGCUCAAAGCCCUAUGAUGCGGAGCGAUGCGGGUCGCCCGCUGGGGGGCUGUUCAAUACCAUCGGUCAUUUCACCUGGGAUGGUUCUGUUAGGGAUACUUUCUGGGCUGGGCCGCGGGCGACAUUCCAGGAGCCGGCGUUUAUCCCGCGGGAUGGUAGCACGCGGGAGGGAGAUGGGUAUAUUGUGGCGCUGCUGAAUCAUUUGGAUGUGUUGCGGAAUGAUGUUUGCAUUUUUGAUGCGCAAAAUAUUGCACAGGGACCAAUUGCUGUACUUCAUUUGCCAUUCAAGUUGCGGCUGGGAUUGCAUGGGAAUUUUGUUGAGACUCGUGAGAUUGAGGAGUGGAAGAAGCGGAGAUCAUCAGUUUUGGGACCAGUCAAGCCGGCCAGUGCACCUUUGCCAUGGCAGGAGAGGGAAGCUGUGCCAAAUGUUAUUAAACAAAGGCUUUGA